GACCCCUCCCCCCCGCCCGCCGACGACGACCAUGUUUAAGAAAUUUGAUGAAAAGGAGAAUGUAUCCAACUGCAUCCAGUUGAAAACUUCAGUUAUUAAGGGCAUUAAGAAUCAACUGAUAGACCAAUUUCCUGGAAUUGAACCAUGGCUCAACCAAAUCAUGCCAAAGAAAGAUCCUGUCAAAAUUGUAAGAUGCCAUGAACAUAUAGAAAUCCUUACAGUAAAUGGAGAGUUACUAUUUUUCAGGCAAAGAGAAGGAACUUUUUAUCCAACGCUAAGAUUACUUCAUAAAUAUCCAUUUAUCCUACCACAUCAACAAGUUGAUAAAGGAGCCAUUAAAUUCGUACUUAGUGGAGCUAAUAUCAUGUGUCCGGGCUUGACAUCACCAGGAGCCAAACUUUACCCUGCUGCAUCUGAUACAGUUGUCGCCAUAAUGGCAGAGGGGAAACAACAUGCAUUGUGUGUGGGAGUCAUGAAGAUGUCUGCAGAUGACAUUGAGAAAGUCAAUAAAGGGAUCGGCAUUGAAAACAUUCACUAUUUAAAUGAUGGCCUUUGGCACAUGAAGACCUAUAAGUGAAACUCAAAAGGAACGCACUUAGGUUAAAUGUGGACUGCUUUAUAAUUCUGUUUUUAUGUAUGACUGAAUGUAAAAACUCCAUUAUGUUCUGUGGCUGUGCUGAAUAAAUUCAACGAAGGCAAAAAUCCCUUUGAACUUCAA